GUGUAGGUGACCCACAUGGAACGCAUCCCGGGGCUCACUCGGGAGUCGUCGGGCACUGUCGGCUAUUUCCGGUAAUCUCGGUCAGUUAGCUAGCCAAGCUGAUUAGCCUGCUACUAUCAGCUAAUGUUUGUGGGAUAUUUAUCGCCGGCUAACCUGGAGUGGAUGAUACAAAUAGUGUAGAGAAAUGGCGGACGUCGAGGAGCAAGGAAUUUGUUCGUCGGUCCCUCCGUUGCCUCACCCUUCCUCUCGUAACGGCUCCGGGAGCGGUAACGUUACACCGGGCACCGGCGGCAGCUGCCAGACGGCAACCACCGUUACCUCGGGCCCACGGCUAGUCCGAAUAGUGAAGUCCGACUCGGGCUAUGGGUUCAAUGUCCGGGGACAAGUUAGUGAAGGAGGGCAACUGCGCAGCAUUAACGGGGAACUUUACGCUCCGCUGCAGCAUGUGAGUGCUGUCCUACCGGGGGGUGCCGCCGACAGAGCCGGUAUUUCGAAGGGGGACAGGAUCCUGGAGGUUAAUGGUGUGAAUGUAGAGGGAGCGACCCACAAGCAGGUGGUGGACCUGAUCCGAGCCGGAGAGAGGGAACUGGUGCUGGCCGUGCUGUCCGUACCGCCGCAGGAGGCCGACUGCCUGGAUCCAGGAGACGAUGUUUCAGCCCAGUCCUGCUACGACUACUCCGACAAGCAGGCCGUCCCUAUCUCUGUCCCGAGCUACAAACACACUGAGCUCAACCAGGAAAAGUUUGUGGUUUAUAAUGUGUACAUGGCAGGCAGGCAGCUAUGCUCCAAGCGUUACCGCGAGUUUGUGAUCCUACACCAAAACCUGAAGAGGGAGUUUGCCAACUUUACAUUCCCCAAGCUGCCUGGCAAAUGGCCUUUUUCCCUGUCAGAGCAGCAGCUGGACGCACGACGCAGAGGCCUGGAAGAAUACCUGGAGAAAGUGUGUUCUGUACGGGUAAUUGGAGAAAGUGACAUCAUGCAGGAGUUCCUGUCCGAAUCAGAUGAGAACUAUAACGGCGUGUCAGAUGUGGAGUUGAGAAUAGCCAUGCCCGACAAAACCACGCUCACUGUCAGAGUUCGCAAAAACUCCACAACAGACCAGGUUUACCAGGCUGUGGUUAUGAAACUAGGGAUGGACAGUGUAACAGCCAGCUACUUCGCUCUGUUUGAGGUCAUCAACCACACCUUUGUGCGUAAGCUUGCCCCCAACGAGUUCCCCCACAAACUGUAUGUACAAAACUAUACCUCAGCCAUCCCAGGAACCUGCCUCACCCUGCGCAAGUGGCUCUUCACCACAGAAGAGGAGAUUCUGCUCAAUGACAACCAGCUUGCUGUCAACUACUUCUUUCACCAGGCCUUGGAUGAUGUGAAGAAAGGCUUCAUCAAAGCAGAGCAGAAGUCCUACCAGCUGCAGAAGCUGGCAGAGCAGAAGAAAAUGUCCAUGUAUCUGAGUUUGAUGAGGGGUUGCGAGGGCUACAAUGAGAUCAUAUUCCCCCACUGUUCAUGUGACUCCCGACGUAAAGGACACGUCAUCACAGCCAUCAGCAUUCACCACUUCAAGCUGCACGCCUGCACUGAGGAAGGGACACUCGAGAACCAGGUGAUUGCGUUUGACUGGGGAGAGAUGCAGAGGUGGGACACAGAUGAAGAGGGCAUGGCCUUUUGUUUUGAAUAUGCAAGGGGAGAGAAGAAACCACGCUGGGUCAAGAUUUUUACACCCUACUUCAAUUACAUGCAUGAGUGCUUCGAGAGAGUCUUCUGUGAGCUGAAGUGGAGGAAGGAGGUGGAAGAAGAGGCAACUGACAAGGACAAUAAGAACUGCAGCAAAGAUGGUAUGUGUGGCAAGAAUAUUUUCCAGCUGCUGAGGCACAGAAGGGAUGGAGGCAUCUAGGAAGGGAGAUUGUUACCUCUUAACUGGACAGCGUCGUCAUCGACUCAGUUCAGUUCGGCCCUCAUCCAGCCCCAACCCCAGCAACACUCAGCUAUCAAGCACAUGGUCAUCAUUUACACCCCAUCAGCUACACCCUGAGAAGCUUCCCCCAAUACAUCCGCAACUGAACAAAUCGGAUAAACAAACGCAUAGAAAGCUA